CUCUCGAGAUCCUUCGGGCCACCGUUUUCGCGUCGAAGCUACAGCGACCCCAUGGAAAGCGUUCUCGCUGCUGGGGUGGUUUGGUGACGCCUGGGAACAGUCAUGUUUGUUGAUUAAGCCAAUCUUAGAUCCGCAAUCGUUCUCCUUCUUCUCGCUCGCUGCAAACCACUUUUUGGCGUCUUUUUUUGCGUCCGACGCAGACGACGAGGAGCUUUUUUCCCGUAGGAUUGUGAAGUGUGGCUGAGUGUGGUGCGUGUGGGUUCGUGGUGUCUGGCUUCGGCAGGAUUGCGCCGUCUGCUCGAAGAAUUGUUGGAGUUCCUUCCUCUCAGGAUUUGAUCGCUGUGCGUCUCCCGAGAUGAGUCCUGUUUACAGCGGUGGAUACCGGCCCAGCGUGGUGAUGCCACCGUCGCGACCUCUCUAGCCGUGCCCGGCACUCGGAUAUUUUCACCCGUCAUGUACCCGGCUAGACAUCCUGUCAGCUCAGCCAUGCCUGUCACCGGUCCUGCACAGCAAGCGGGCCAGCCUUUCAAAUUCACAGUGACAGAGUCGUGCGACCGAAUCAAAGAGGAGUUCGGGUUCCUACAAGCGCAAUACCACAGCCUCAAACUGGAGUGCGAAAAACUGGCAAGCGAAAAGACAGAGAUGCAGAGGCACUAUGUGAUGUACUACGAGAUGAGCUAUGGGCUUAACGUCGAAAUGCACAAGCAGACAGAGAUUGCCAAGCGACUUAACGCUAUCAUCGCACAGAUUCUGCCCUUUCUUUCGCAAGAGUUUCAAAACACCUUUCAGCACCAGCAACAAGUUGCAGCAGCAGUAGAACGAGCGAAGCAGGUUACUAUGACGGAAUUGAAUGCUAUAAUAGGGUUGAAGUCCUAUAGAGGCCAAUCUCUCUCUUUGGAUCUGGCCAACUCUCCUUUCGGCCCUUCAGGAUACAAUCAAAAUCAACAGAUGCAUGCCCAGCAGAUGCCUGCGCAUGCGCACGCACCUCCAUUGCCCAUGUUGCCGCAUGCGGCCAUGGCAGGUCUUCAGCCUCCAGGUGGCGGAGGUCUCCCGCCCAGCACGGCAGCGGGACUCCUAGCACUUUCGUCACUGGGUGCGCCGCCGCCGACCCCUUCACACCUAGCUGCGGCGGCGGCGGCAGCCGCCGCACUCAAGGACCACCGAGCCGCAGCCGCUGCAGCAGCAGCGGCGUCAGCAGCGCAGCCGCCCGACGACAAGAGGUCGUCGUCUGUUCAUAGCACCGAGGAGAGACAUAGGAAUUCCAUCUCUCCAGGAGAAAGGGAAAAAUUUCGGACACGUUCACCCGACAUAGAACAUGACCUCAAAAAACGAAAAAAGGAGGAGAAGGUACAAAUAUCAUUUCAGGACAGUGACGGAGAGAAGAGUGACCAAGAGCUUGUGGUGGAUGUUGCAAACGAGGACUCUGUAGGCCCCCCAAACGGGACAAUUUCCCCGAGAGAAAAUGGCAACGACAAAUCCCUAAAAAAAGACCACGGCAAUGCACACUCGCCUCAUAGCAGUGUGUCUUCAAAUGCAAGUACACCAUCUUCCAAGCACAAGGACAGUGAGAAGUCUACCACUCCUGUUCCAAAGUCUGUCACCCCCACGAGUUCUGGCGGAAGCGCGGCAGGCUCAUCGGGUCUCAAGUCUGGAGCAAAGGGUCCUUCCUUGGGUCCCCCAUACCCAUACCCACUGCAUGGAGGAGCCCCAGGAGCUCACGGGAUGCCUGCGGACCUAAGUUCGUCCGCGUAUUCCCAGGGCAUGCUGCACAAUAGCAUCUCGCCUGCUCUCAACUCUUAUUCACGAGGCUUGGUGGGUUAUGAUCCUCAUCCAUCCAUGAGGGGUCCGGGGUUUGGAUCAAUUCCUGGAGGGAAACCGGCAUAUUCAUUCCACGUGAGUGCAGAGGGCCAAAUGCAACCCGUGCCUUUCCCUCCGGAUGCGCUCAUCGGAGCGGGUAUUCCAAGGCAUGCACGACAGAUAAACACUCUGAGCCACGGUGAAGUCGUGUGCGCUGUUACCAUCAGUAACCCAACUAAAUACGUAUACACUGGAGGAAAGGGCUGUGUCAAGGUAUGGGAUAUCAGUCAGCCUGGCAGCAAAAGUCCCGUGUCACAGUUGGACUGCUUGGUAAGUCCUUCUGAGCAACGCGACAACUACAUUAGGUCAUGUAAGCUGCUGCCUGAUGGCCGGACAUUGAUUGUUGGUGGCGAGGCCAGCACCAUAUCCAUCUGGGACCUGGCAGCUCCAACGCCCCGCAUCAAAGCAGAGCUGACGUCAAGUGCUCCAGCUUGCUAUGCGCUGGCCAUCAGCCCCGACUCCAAGGUCUGCUUUAGCUGCUGUAGUGAUGGUAACAUCGCCGUCUGGGACCUGCAGAACCAGACCCUGGUCAGGCAGUUCCAGGGACACACGGAUGGCGCUAGCUGUAUCGAUAUAUCAAGUGACGGAACGAAGCUAUGGACAGGAGGUCUGGAUAACACGGUUCGCUCUUGGGACCUCAGAGAAGGCAGGCAAUUGCAACAGCACGACUUCACUUCCCAGAUCUUCUCUCUGGGUUACUGUCCUACAGGCGAAUGGCUGGCUGUUGGGAUGGAAAGCAGUAAUGUUGAGGUGCUGCAUUGCAGCAAGCCUGACAAGUAUCAGCUGCACUUGCAUGAAAGCUGUGUAUUGUCACUUAAAUUUGCCUCUUGUGGCAAGUGGUUUGUCAGCACUGGCAAAGACAACCUGCUAAAUGCCUGGAGGACACCGUAUGGAGCAAGCAUUUUCCAGUCAAAAGAAUCCUCAUCAGUGCUGAGCUGUGACAUCUCAUCCGACGACAAAUACAUUGUGACUGGGUCGGGUGACAAGAAGGCGACGGUGUAUGAAGUCAUCUACUGAUGAGGAGAGCAGUGGCAACUACCUUAAGUUUUCAACUUGUCAUCCUGAGUCCUUCAUCUGUCAUGUUCGUUUCUCGUCCUACUGUUGAAGAAUCUUGUCAGCGUGCCGAGCUCCUUGGCUGUGUCAGUGCCAUGUGAACCUCUGGAAAGGAGUGAACGAAAGUUCAGUUGAAAGUGAUGUGACUGACAGUGAUUCACCUUUUGUGUUGUUCGCAUCAUAUUUUCGAGACAUUAAGCUGAAUACGUAGGACUUUUCCUUUCGCGCUGCGACAUCAGAUGACACUUCGUGUCUCCACGCCAACUGGAGGAGAAAGGGUGAUAUUGAAUUGUGAGAUCGAUUGAGAGUUUACGCAAAAGGACACAAGGUUUAAUUUUGUUGUGCGUGAAGAGUGCAUAUUGGAAUGCCCACCCAUUGCCACUUGCUUUUUUUUUUUUUCUGGGAAGUGCAACACCCGAUAAACAUUCCCUCUAAUUUUUGAUGAUGUUUGUUCUGUUACUUUGAACAAUGACUGUUAAUAUCUCCUGGCCUGGAAGCCAGGAGCUGCGCCUCUUGCGUCGUCUAAGAUUUAUCUAUCAUUUUUGCAAUCAAAACCAUGGACAGAAACCUUGGUGUGCUGCAGUGAUGUACAAAGAUAUAGAAUGCCAAAAUGACCAGUGAUCUGGAAAGAAAAUAAAAGUCUGUUCUUUCCUUGCAUUA